ACACAUAUGUAGAGCACGUUGAUCUAGUGCCAAAAUGGAUUAUUGGCCCAGGUUGAGUGUAUGUGCACUUACCGGUAUUUAAAAUGUAUAUACAUUAACACGUUGAAUAUGGACUUGCAAAAUGAAGAAAAUAAUAAAAUUCUUAAUAGACAUCAAAAAGUAAAAUUACCAAGGACUGAAAGAAACGCUGUCAAGUACAAAGGGGAUUGGAAUAAUUUACCAGAUUUGUUGCUCGAAAAUAUUUUCUCUUUUCUAGACAUUGGAGCAAAACAUAAUGCUUCAAAAACAUGCACAUUGUGGUAUUCAGUUUUUCAUUUACCUUAUUCAUGGCAUACGUUUGUUUUUGAUGACACAACCCUCACACGCAGAAAGUUUAACUAUUAUUCAGGAUGGCAGUACAUGUUAGAUCAUCUACGAGUGCAAUUGUGCCUUCAGUCCAUUGGCCGUUACGUUAAAGUUCUGGUGUUCAAACCGAUCACUAAUUUUUAUAACCUGUACGAGUUUAUGAAUAUGAUCUCCUUCUACGCGGAACAUGGCCAAGGAAUAGGAUCAAGAAUAAGCACCUUACAGUACACAUUCCCGUGCAACAUGGCAACGUCGCGUAUCGACGAAUCGGUUUUAUAUGGUACAGGAGGUAAGCUUUUGGAAGCGCUAAAGAGAUUGAUGGGAAAUUUGCCGUCACUCGAGAGAUUGGAGUUAAUAGAUCUGAUGUUGGAUAACGAAGACGCGCAGACGUUAUUGGACCAAGUGUGUUUCUACUGUUGCACCACGUUGAAAACCUUGGUGUUGGUGAAUACUACUAAAUACUUAUGUCAGUUACUCCAUCCCGGAGCUUUUAUUAAUUUACAGGUAUUAGUGAUUAGUCCUCAGAAUCUAGGAAGCGAUUUGUUGUUGAUGCUGAGUCAAAUCAGACUCAGUCACUUGCACAUACUCCAAAACCGUUAUACGCCCAUUGAAAUCGAACCCAUGAACUCGUUCGACUGGAAACAUUGUGUAAAGGCAAACGCAACGUUAAAAGUACAUCUCAGGGUGGAAUCCAUCAGGGAAAGACAGAUCUUAUGGCAACCUAAUUCACCCGUCUCGAGUAUUAUUUAUAAAUCUCCAAACAUGCGGAUGACCGCUGACAUUUUAAAUAAAGCAAUCGAAUUGUACUCUGAUCGAUUGCUGACGUUCGGAUAUCUGGAACUUCCAAAAUUCUAUCAACCGUCGUCGUUCAAAGAGAGAAUUGACACGACUUUAGUUAACCUAAUCCAACUUUGUCCUAAGCUGGAUACAUUAAUGAUAAGAGAAAAAAUAUCUACGUGCACAUUGUUAUUGAUUUCAUAUUAUGGUCAUUCGUUAAAAUAUUUACACGUUCGACGCAAUGCCGUUAUCUUACGAUGUGAUUGGCCACGUCAAAAUGAUUGGUCGGACGAGUUUUAUCAAUGGUUGAAAAAGUCCAGCACAUCGUACGAAAUAGUAGAAGAAGAAAUUGCAUUGUCUUUGGGUUUAAGCAAAUGGACUAUGCUUAGUGAUCGAGAUUUUAAACGUAUAUCUCCGCAACUCUAUUCAACAUAUUAUAAAUAAAUAAAAUAUACCCAAAAACAGUAAAAUAUAUACAUAUACUGAGUAUUCAUUUUUAAUUCACACAUUGGAUGCAAGUCUAUAGAUAAAACAUCAGUCUCAUUAAAUACAGUUGAAUUAUAGUUAAUAUGAACUACAUCUAACUGUUCAAUAUUGAAGUUUCCAACCAAAGAACUGGAUACGGAUACAUUACAAUCAAAAUUAUUGUAUAUUCUUAAUUGGCCUUCAUUUGAUGAUAUUGUAAAAGUUUGACCCUGAAAACACUCAUUUUAAAAUUUGAAUAACGAAUGCCAUACUGAUUAACUGAUAGCUGAUAGGAACAUAUAAUACUUAAUAUUAUUACCUACAUUUUUUCAGUUUUCUUGAGCAACUACGAGUAUAAAUAUUUUAGUUAUAAAAUUAGAAUUUUAACUAAAAAUAAUCUUAUAAUAUAAACUACCUAUUUUAUGUUACUUAAAAAUAUUUUUAUUAUUGUAUAAUAUAAUAUAUUAAGCUAUUAAUAUUGUUAGCAUCUUUAGAUUUAAUUUUAAUACAUGUAACGGCUCUUCAGGGCAAUUAUUAGUCUGUUUUAGAUCUUCGUAACGAUCAUUGACUACAUGUGGCUAUAAUGCUAUAUACAGUGCCGAAUUUAAGGGUCUCAGUGCUCCAACGCAGCUAUUAAAGAAGUGGCCUUUUUUUGGUACAUGACCGGGGGCCUGAGUGGCGGAAUGGUAAGGCCUCUAAGAAGCUGCCUAGUUUGCCUAGGUGAA